AGAACAGACACAGACUUGACUGUGCACAAGUGACAUAACUUUUAUUUUAAAUAUUUUCAGCACGGUAGACAAGUAACAAAACGCAAAGGAAUGUACUUUUUGACUACACAGUAUAUCUGCAGUGUUAUUAGCUUCUUCAUUGAGAUUUGUACUGGUGCAAUCUUAAACAGUGCAUUUGAAAAAUAUGUGUACUCCACAAUAGAGUUCAACUUCCGCACUUUUUCUGUGUUACAUGCGUACACUGAAGACUUUGUUGCCAAGGAAACAGUAUAAACAAAGUGACCUUCCAAACGACAGAAACUGAGAUUAAAUAUAUCCUAACCAAGUAAUUUGUGUGAGAUUCCUUAGCUGUAUACCAAUUCAAACCUUGCAGUUAACAGUUACAGUCUAUACCUUCUGCAAAUAUGAUGAAAUCUGUUAUUGCAAGGUCUAAAUCCACACUAGUGGAGCAAGAAGAUAAUGAAGAAAAUAGUGUUUCUCAUGUUGAUUUAGAAGUGGCAAUUCAGGCUGAACGAAUUGCCAAUAUAUUGAAUCACACCAUUUGUAAAACUGAAUUAGUGAUGUGCUUGCCAUUGCUACUACAGAAUGAUGGAGAACUGCUCCGUCCACACCUGAUGGAAGAAGAAAUAUCUCUAGUCCUUGAAACCUGCUCUCUGUACAUGAAUGAAUCAUAUGACCAUGAUUUAGAACUCAGUGCUCCUGACACUACUGAAGAGUGGGACAAUAACAGCCAGAAAGACACUGCAAAGGGGGAAAAUGAUUGUAAUCAAAUGUCUGGGGAUAAUGCUGUUUUCCAGCAGAGUAAGAGUCCUGGCAUAACAGUAGUAGAAGGAAGGCAGAACCCAGAGAUGUGCCGAGUCAUUCAACUGUUAUGGAACAAGCAAGCGAUAAGAAAUAUAGCCAUGGAAUUGAAGACUGAGAUUUCCCCAGUAGCAUCAAUAUUCAUUAAGCAUUUGAAACAAUUGAAAGCCUACACAAUCAAAUGCCUUUCAACAUUACCAAUCAAUGAAUGUGUGAGAGAACGCUAUUUACGGCAUCUGUGGCAUCACAACGAGCAAGUCAAAGCUGAGAUCUCAAUCGUCUCUGCUAAACUGGAGGAACAGAACAAUGACACACAACAAAAACUUAUGGCCAAGAACUUACUGAUCAACCAGCAUAAAGCUAAGAUUGAAAGACUGAACAAGAAAUGCAAUGAGGACAUGAAGAAAAUAGUUUAUGACUCAGAAUGCAAAAUGGCGAUGGAGUUGAAGAACAGUGAGAGCCGACAAGAAACCCUGAUGAACGAAGUAAGGAACCUCAACAUCAAGAUGAAAUCCUUGUUACAUAUUUACCUAGCCCAAGAAAAGGAGCUCAGAAGAAAAAGACUGAAGGCAGAAACACAACUAAUCAGCUGGCUGAACAAAUAUGAUACUGACAUUGGACAGAAGCAAGCUGAGUAUGAUGAGGCAUUGGCUGGUUUUAAGGAGAAAAAACAACAAAUGCAAGAGCUUAAGGAAAAUUUUGCUGCUCAACAGGAAGUAUAUGAAAGACUGAUGAAGGAGAAAGCAGAUGAGGAACAAACUGCAAUGGAACAGAAGAUAUAUGUUUUCAUCUGCAACAGAUCAGCACAGCAAAUACAACGAUACUGGAGGGCUUACAGAGCUCGCAAGUUGGCUCGUCGGAAGGGACGAAAGAAACGGAAGGGUGGAGAUGGUAGUGAGAUCAAAUCAAGGAGGAUAAGAUGGUGAGGACAUGUAAUACUUAUGUGGAGAUAAGAAACGCACACAAAAUUCUUGGUCUGGAAAGCUCAAGGAAAGACGCUAUGAGGGAAACUUCAACAUAG